CGUCCUCUGCCUGCGUCGAGCUCGAGCGCUUCUCCUUUUCCAAACUACGCCAUUCAUCUCUCAACAUGGCGGGGGUUGUAGCGAAGAAGUGUCUCAGUCCUCUGACUUUCGUGACCAGGAGGCUGUCUGCUCCGGAGUUUAUCACUCAGUGCUGCUAUCACAAGAAGGUGGUGGACCAUUACGAGAACCCGAGAAAUGUGGGAUCACUGGACAAAAACUCCAAGAAAGUUGGGACUGGCCUGGUGGGCGCUCCAGCCUGUGGGGAUGUGAUGAAGCUCCAAAUUGAGGUGGAUGACGAUGGAAAGAUUGUGGAUGCCAGGUUCAAAACCUUCGGCUGCGGCUCUGCCAUCGCCUCCAGCUCUCUGGCCACUGAGUGGGUGAAAGGCAAAUCUGUGGAUGAGGCUUUGCAGAUCAAGAACACAGACAUAGCCAAAGAGCUCAGUCUUCCACCUGUUAAGCUUCACUGCUCCAUGCUUGCGGAGGACGCCAUCAAGGCCGCCCUGGCUGACUACCGCCUCAAGCAACAUGACGACCAGCAGGAGGCAGUCAGGGCCAAUAAUUAAAGGGAGCGUUCUCACUCACAGCUGGACACCGCUUCCUUCCUGCUGCGUAGAAGAGAAGUAAGCGGCACUCCAGCGUCAGCACCUCACUUUCCUGCAACAACGAUGCACCGUCGUCAACUUUCCGUAGCAGUGUUACAACCAGGCUUUCUUCACUAGUCUGUGACCCUUUAACCCUGUAUACUGUAUCUUUUAGCCUGUCACGUAAACGCACAAUGUCUACACGCACUGCUUGGGUGGUUGGUACAAAGGUGAGCCUUAUUUUUGAGAUCGUGUUUAUUUUGGGAGUUGUGAUGGAGGUAUUGAUUAAAGCUAAAAAAAAAAAAAAAGAAGCUGUGGAAGUAUCCCAUCUGUAACCCUUAGCACUGACCUUUUGAUAUGCAGUGAAGCAGAGUGGCUUGAAACAAAGAAAGGGUCCAUAAGUUUUAAGUGUAAUUUAUGAUAUUUACAGAUGUGUCUUUGAUAGUCUGCAAUAAAAGUAUCGUCAAUCAUCA